UCCAAGAUCCCCAAACCGGAGGGUGAGGCUGGCCGUCCUGGCUGUGGUGGGUACAACUUGGAAAAGGCGCUUAACUGGGAUGCUGAGGGCUUCAAGAAUCUCAAGGAAUACGUUCACCAGUCUAUCGAGAAGCAUUGUCAUGUUGGCAAAAGCAAGAAACUUCAAGCUCCGGCUGCUUUGCUUCAGGUUUAUAAUGAGGCUCUAGGCCAUUUUCCAGAACUGGCUGAUUAUCAUGGGAGUUGGCCAGUCGGGGAUAUGAUUCAGAUGCAACUAAAAAAUACUUCUGCCAAGGCGCGACACAAAGGUUCUCGU